CUUGGAAGGGGGGGCAUUCUGAGGCGGAGGAGCCGAGCGCGCCAGCACCGCUGAGGAGAGGCUGCGAGCAGCUCGCUGGGGUUCAGCCUCCGCUGUCCGGAGCUGACUCCCGCCGGGCAGAUGUGAGCGAGCCUGGACAGAGCCCCUUCUGCAGCCUCCGCUCCCUAGUCAGCCAUCCCUUCUGUCAGCCCGCCCGACGCUCCAGCAGCCCCCGGGAGAGAAAUAUGUGGCAACCGGCGACUGAGAGACUGCAGCACUUUCAGACCAUGUUGAAGACUAAGCUAAAUGUUUUAACUCUUCGGAAGGAACCUCUUCCGACAGUAAUCUUCCAUGAACCAGAAGCUAUUGAGCUAUGUACCACAACUCCAUUAAUGAAGACCCGAGCGCAUGCUGGAUGCAAGGUUACAUAUUUGGGUAAAGUUUCCACAACAGGAAUGCAGUUUUUGUCAGGUUGUACAGAGAAACCAGUCAUUGAAUUGUGGAAGAACCACACUCUUGCCAGAGAGGACAUCUUCCCGUCUAAUGCUCUCCUGGAAAUCCGCCCUUUCCAAGUUUGGCUUCACCAUCUGGACCUCAAAGGAGAGGCCACUGUCCACAUGGAUACCUUUCAGGUUGCACGUAUUGCUUACUGCACUGCCGACCAUAAUGUCAGCCCAAACAUUUUUGCUUGGGUUUAUCGGGAGAUCAACGACGAUUUGUCCUACCAAAUGGACUGCCACGCUGUAGAGUGUGAGAGCAAGCUAGAAGCCAAGAAGUUGGCUCAUGCCAUGAUGGAGGCCUUUAAGAAGACUUUCCAUAGCAUGAAGAGUGAUGGCCGGAUCCACAGAAAUAGCUCAUCUGAAGAAAUGUCUCAAGAAAUGGAAUCUGAUGAUGGCUGACUUUAACCUGUUGAUGGUUAAGCUAAAGUAGAAAUGGCCCUGGGAAUAAAAGCAUAUGGAUGAAUAAGCAACAGUUCAGUUUGAGAGUAAUAGGACUCCCAAUACUUGACUGAUCAGCUUUUCAAAAUAAAAUACAUGAAGCUCAGUAAAUUCCCUAAAUAUAUGCAUCUUUAUAAUAACUGCAUCACAAUGAAAUCUGCUGCUGUUGUUUUCUUUAAAAUGUGACAAAGCUUGUUUUCUUUUUUGAUCAUUUUAUUUUCCAGUUCCAUUUCAGCUCUUACUGUUCAGGCUCACUUCAUAAGGAUGAUAAAUUAUUUCUAUUUACUUAUUGAAAUCCACUGAGCAGUUCUAACAAUAAGAACAUUUUAGGGUUUUGCUAGUAUCUAAUACACUAGCAAGUGUGUUCUUUUUCUACAGAGAAAAUGGUGGAUAGAGAGAAUACAGUUUGGUGGCCAACAGCUAAUCUUGUUGACCUGGUUGAAAUAGCUACCUGCAACCUUUUAGGGAAGCAGGCUGACAGCCUACAGUUAAUUCACAUUUCACAGUUUGACUAUUCAAAGAUGUUUCUAUUUACACCUUAUAAUCAUAUGAUAUAUUUUAUUUUAGUCAUUUUUCCAUUUUAACACACCUGCAGCCACUCACCUUGUACUUAGCCCUAUUAUUUUUUUAAUACUGCAGGGAUACCAAAAAGUAGGGUGAAGGGUGGGAAAUCUGGUUGUGAAUUCACUCUCUUUGAAUCCCUGGUUCAGCAACUAGGGUUGCUGCUGAAGGUUGAGUGAGAGAGAGAGAGAGAUUGUAAAGUCCCUAGGCUGUGUCACAUGUCCUCCUUCAGUCAUGGCAUGAAAUGAGAACUUUAGUCCUACCACUAAUCAUUUCCGUAUUGGUUUAUUUGUCUGGUGCCCAUUACUUUCAAGGACCAGGUUUGAGCUAUCACAGUGAUCUCAGCCAUCUUGUAGUGGAAAUUCAAGGGUCCUUUGGGUUCAAGUUUAAAUGCAGAUGAUUUGUUCUGAUUCAAAACUCAAAAGUAGUAUUUCCAGAAUCCUCUUCUGUUCAUGAAUGAAUGGAUUCCUAACUUAAGUAACUUGCUGGUUUAAAAAAAAAAUUAAAGGCCAAGUGCUGAUAAAAAGUUUGCAGGUAAUGCUGCUCCUUUAUACUGUCUUGUUCAUAAAUUGUGGUAAAGUUGGGAGCACUAGGGCACCUUACAGAAGCCUUAAAAGAAAGCUAAUCAAAGCAGAUAGCUAUAGAUGUCUGUUCCAUUGUGUGUGAAUAUGUACACUUUGUAUGUUUGUGUGUGUGCGUGUGUGUGUAUGUAUGUGAGCAAUCAGUGUUACAGCAUGUAGAUUGAUCAUGGGAUCCUACAGACGAGGACAUGAGCCUCUUGAAAAUGCGCUUAUUGCUUUCCAAUGUAUGUAAACUAUUCUGCAACAUAAAGGCAUUCAUACUUUAAUAAAAAAAAAGUUUGAAUUGUA